GGUAGAAAGAGCAAACAUCUGAAUGUUCACACCACUUCCUGGUUCCUUGUCGAUCCUUCACAAGGAAAUGAGUUUUUAGUUUAUUUAUUCUUUGCCUUGAGAGUACAGAUUCACCUUGAAGGAGUCCUGCUUCAAAGCCGGCAAGAUUAGUGAGCUUAGGACGGUGAACUAGCACCGUGAAGUCAGCAUUUGCAGGACCUGGAAAAGAGCAAAAGAGAAUGCUUACUAACUGCGCAACCUAGUCCUGACCCAACACGCGGAAGACUGUCUAACCAGCCUCGCGGGCUCCGUCCUGGCUUCUCUCAGGAGAGGAAUGUUUCUGGUGAAAACACCGUUAGUCUUCCAUGGAGCUACCAUUCACCAACUUGGAGGUGGCGUUCAUUUUACUGGCUUUCUUCAUCUUUUCCUUGUUUACUCUGGCUUCCAUCUACACCAGCCCUAAUGAGAGGAAUGAAGAAGAUGACUUCCAACUAAAGGAAAAGAGAAGGAAAAGAAAAGAGUUUAAAGGGAAGAAAAAUUGCUCAGAUGAAGAACACAAAAUUGAAACAAUGCAACCAUGACCUCAGCCACCUGUGAGUGCUCAGACGCUCCCCUAAGAAUGCCUGCUGGGAUUGCUCGCAAGACCAAGGACAUUAAAACAGCCUUCAGAUCAUAAUCACUGGGACUCAACACAGGGAAUGGGGCUUCAUACUCUCUUUUUGACAUCCUUGUUUAUAAUGCCAAUUAUGAGCACUAGCUGUAAUAAAAAGGAAUACAGUCAAAGUGAGAUCUUUCAAGAAAAAGAAAAUACAUAAGUAUUAUAAUCUAGUUAGAGAAACAGCAGUCUCUGGGACUGUGGCUCAGUGAUAGAGUACUUGCCUAACAUGCUUAAGGCUCUGUGUUUGAUUCCUAGCUCUGACAAAAAAAAAUGAGGUAAAUAAAUAAAUAAAUAGGGUGCUAGUGAGAUGGCUCAGUGGUUAAGAGCACCUACUGUUCCUCCAGAGGUCCUGAGUUCAAUUCCUAACAACCACAUGGUGGCUCACAACAAUCUACAAAGGGAUCUGAUGCCCUCUUCUCGCAUGCAGUUGUACAUACAGAGCACUUAUUCAUUUAAAAUUAAUAAAUGAAUGAAUGAAUGAAUGUACAAUGACUUUUUUAAAUCACUUACAUAUGUAUGUAUCCAUAUGUAAAUAUGUUCACAUGAGUGCAGAUGCCCACAAAGGCCAGAGGAGGGCACCAGACCUCCAGAGUCAGAGCCACAGAGGGCUGAGUCACCAGGAUGUUGACAACUGAACUCAGGUCCUCUGCAACAGCAAAUACCCUUAACUACUGAGCCACUGCUCCAGCUCCAAGAACAAUGCAUUUUUACUGUUUUUCUUGCACAGUGUGACUUAGAAGCUACAAUUCUUCUGUUGUAAAACUACAGUUAACCAUGUCUCUACUGCUUCUAUAAUAAGGACUUAAUUAUAGGACUUACUAAGGACUUCUGAAAUAAAUACUAAAGACAAAA